AUGAUGCAGGAGGACGAGAAGAGCAUUCCGAUGCGCGUUGCGCUGCGCUGCCGGCCGCUGGUGCCCAAGGAGACCAGCGAAGGCUGCCGGACGUGCCUGUCCUUCGUGCCCGGCGACCCUCAGCUCGUGAUGGGCAAUGACAAAGUCUUCACCUACGACUAUGUGUUCUGCCCGUCCGUGGAGCAGGAGGAGGUUUUCAACACCGCGGUGUCGCCUCUGGUCCGUGGCAUCUUCAAAGGCUACAAUGCCACUGUCUUGGCCUAUGGACAGAUGGGGUCAGGGAAAACCUAUUCCAUGGGAGACACCUACACUGCCAACCAGGAGUAUGAGCCCAGCGUGGGGAUCAUCCCCAGGGUCAUCCGGCUGCUCUUUGAGGAGAAACAGCAAAGGCACGAUUGGGACUUCAUCCUCAAAGUUUCUUAUUUGGAGAUUUACAACGAGGACAUCCUGGACCUGCUGUGCCCCUCCCGAGAGCACUCCCCCAUCAGCAUCUGGGAGGAUCCCAAGGAAGGCAUCAAGAUUGUGGGGUUGACAGAAAGGAAUGUCACCUGUGCCCAAGAGACUGUGUCCUUCCUGGAGCAGAGGAACAACUCCAGAACUGUGGGAUCCACGACCGUGAAUUCCCAGUCCUCCAGAUCCCAUGCUGUCUUCACCAUCUGCAUUGAUCAGAGGAUGAAAAAUGACAAGAAUUGCAGUUUUCACUGCAAGCUGCACCUGGUGGAUCUUGCUGGCUCUGAGAGACAAAAGAAGACCGAGGCUGAGGGAGACAGACUCAAAGAAGGAAUCAACAUCAACAGAGGCCUCCUGUGCCUGGGGAAUGUCAUCAAUGCUCUGGGAGAUGAGAAUAAAAAGGGAGGGUUUGUCCCCUACAAAGACUCCAAGCCGACCAGGCUACUGCAAGAUUCCCUGGGUGGGAACAGCCACACGCUGAUGAUUGCCUGUGUGAGCCCAGCAGAUUCCAACCUGGAGGAGACCCUGAACACUCUGCGUUAUGCUGACAGGGCCAGGAAGAUCAAAACCAAACCCAUUGUCAACAUGGACCCCCAGGCAUCUGAGCUGCACCAGCUGAAGCAGCAGCUCCAGCAGCUCCAGAUGUUGCUGCUCCAGGCCCAUAGAGGGACCCUGCCUGUGGCUCUCAAUGGUUUGGCCCCCUCAGAAAGCUGCCAAUCCCUGAUGGAGAAGAACCAAUCCCUGCAGGAGGAGAUCCAGAAGCUGAGCCAGGGGCUGAGUGAGGCUGCUGGGCAAACAGCAGAGAUGCUGGAGAGGAUCAUCCUGACAGAGCAAGAAAAUGAGAAGAUGAAUGCAAAACUAGAGCAGCUCCAGCACCAUGCUGUGUGCAAGUUGGAUCUGCAGAAGCUGGUGGACACUGUGGAAGAUGAGAAGUUAAAGGAAAAGGUGGAGGUGAUCAGGAACCUGCAGCAGGUGCUGGCUGAGCUGCAGAGUGAAAGCGCUGCCUCCACAGAAGCUGCUGCUGAACUGCCAAACUCUGAACAGGAUUCUCCAGGUAGAGCAGAAGUGGGCCAGGAAUCCAAGAGAGCCUCUCUCUUCAGCACCCAACACGCCCUGCGCCAGGCACAGCUCUCCAGGGAGCUGCUGGAGCUCCACAAAGCCCUGACUGUGAAAGAGGCUAUGGCCAAAAAAAUGUCUCAAAAUGAUACCCAGCUUGGACCCAUUCAGUCCCAGUACCAGACCAAUAUCAGGGAUCUAGAAUUGGAGGUCAGCAACUUGCAGGAGGAAAAGGAGGAGCUGGUUCUUGCUCUGCAAAUAGCAAAGAAGGACAUCAGCCAGGCCAAGCUGAGCAAGCAAUGCCGGAAAAGGCUUCAGGAGCUGGAAGCAGAAAUUACUGAGCUCAAGAAGAAGCUGAAUGAGCAAUCCAAGCUCUUGAAGCUGAAGGAAUCCACAGAGCACACGUUGUCCAAACUGAACCAGGAGAUUAGGGAAAUGAAGCAGCAAAGGGUGCAGCUGAUGCAUGAGAUGAAAGAAUACACUGAGAAAUUCAGGCAGUGGAAGCAGCAGAAGGACAAGGAAAAGAACCGUAAGAGACAAUAUGAGCUCCUCAAGCUGGGGAGGGGUUUCCAGAAGCAGACCAAUGACCCCUGGCGCAAAACAGAGGAGGCAGCAGCUGCCAAUGAACGUUUGAAGAAUGCCCUGCAGAGGCAGAAGGAGGUGGCAGAUAAAUGGAAACAGAACCAAAAUCAGGGCACGGAAGGAAUUGCUGCACAAGUUGAAAGCUGGCUUGCAAGUGUAGUUGAGGUUCUUGUCAGCACUGAGGAAGGUCAAAGACACCUGGCAGACCUGCUGGAGGACAGGAAAAUCCUGGCAAAAGAGCUCCUUCAGCUGGAAGAGAAGAAAGAUGCUGGAGAAAACCCCUGUCCAAACCUGCGGAGGCGCAUGUACUGCCUGGCUGACCUGCAGGCUCUGGACAUGGAUCUCUCUGUCUCCAAGCAGAUUGAGUGUCUGCAAACAGAGAUGGAGCUCAGGAGUGCCCAGAUAGCCGAUCUGCAGCAGAAACUCCUGGAUGCAGACAAUGGAGAUCGGGCCAAGCAGUGCUGGGACAGCAUUGCCACCACCCUGGAGGCCAAAUGUGCUCUGAAGUAUCUCCUGAGAGAGCUGGUCUCCUCCAAAGUGCGGCUGAGCAAACUGCAGAAUGGCCUGCAGCAGAGCCAGGCCAGCUUCUCUCAUGCGCACAGGAUGCUGAUGGAAGUGAGAAACCACAAAGCAGAGAUGGAGACAGAGUUCCAAAAUCAGAUUUUGGUGCAGGAACAGCAACACCAGCAUAAGGUUCUGUACCUGCUCAGACAAUUCCAGCAAAAAGAAGCAGCAGAGAAGAGAUUGGAAGAGUCCCUGAACGAACAAGAGAAACAACUGCAGGAGCGACUGCGGUUCCAGGAGGAAGAGCUGGAAAAAAUGAGGGAGAUCUGUGAGAAGCACCAGGAACUCCUCUGCGAAAAUGACACUCUGAAACAGAAACUGCUGCUACUCCAAGUUGCCAGAGGCCAGAAGCUCCAGCACAUCCAGCAAAGGCCACCUGAGUCUCCAGAGUCUCCUGAUUAUGUUCCACCCAAACCCAAGCGCCACUGGCAGAUGAUGGCCAAGCCCCAAGCACCCAGCCCUGAGGUGGAUGUGGAGGAGCUGCUCUCUGACCCGGGGGAGCUGGAGGGUUCUGACUGGCUUCCUGGAAAAGCAGGCAGAGGAACCAGGAGAAACCUCAUGGGGUGCUCGUGCAAGGGCCACUGUUGGAACAGACGCUGUGGCUGCAGGAGGCAGAAGUUGGGAUGCACUGACGGCUGCAGCUGCUCCACGGCCAUGUGCAGGAACAGGGAGCAGGGCCUGGUUCUGUAGGACAUCACAGAGCAGGAGGUG